AUGGAUAAUAAUGAAACAUAUAUAUUGAGAUAUAAUAAAAAUAAAAUUUUAAUAAAACUAUUAUAUGAGUUAAUUAAAUAUGAAAAAAAAAAGGAUGGGUUUAAGGUAGAUUUUGAAAAUGAUAAAUAUUAUAAAUAUAUAGAAAGUAUUGUUAAGUUAUUAUUUAAUUACAUAUUUAAUUUAAAUGAUGAAAAAUCAUACUAUUCUACUGAUUACAAUUUCAAUAAAAAUGAUUGUUCAAGUUCUUCAGAUAAUUUAAGUGAAAAUUUUAAUUCAAGUGAUGAUGGAUUAUCUGAAUUUUUUAAUUUUAAUAAAAUUGAUGUAAAUAAAGAAAAUGAAAAUUCCCAUAAUGUUGUUAAAGACAUACAUAAGCUUGAAUGUAUAGAUAAAAAUAAAGAUAAUAUAAAAAUAAGUUAUAAUGGUGAAAAAGAAAAUCUUAAUGUAAAUAACUUGAAUCAUGUUAGUAUGAAAAAUGUGAACACUAACAUAGGUGAUGAUGAAUUAUUUGAAAAUGAAAAGUGCAAAGGAAAAAGAAAUGAAGAGAAAAAUUUGUAUAGAAAAAAUAAUCUCUCGGAUUUUUUUUUUAAUUUUCAUUUAAAUUGCAAUAGAAAAGCAGAAACAAUAAGAGAAAAAAAAAAAAUAGAAAAACAAAUACUGAGUAUUUAUUACACAUCAUUUUCUUCUAACAUUAUUGAUAUACUUUUAAAUAAUUCUGAAAUUGAAAUUUCCGAUAUAAUUUUAUUUUUUAUUUUUGAAAAUGUUGGAAAUAUUCAUGAUAUUAGUUCCUUUUUUUCAAAAGGAUUUUACACAUUCAAGGAAAUAUAUUUGUAUAUUGAAGAAUAUAAACCAAAUAAAAUAAUAAGUGAAAAAAACUACAAUGGUAGAGACCAUUUUUUAUAUACUAAAAAUUAUAAUAUAAAUAAAAAUGAAAAUAUGGACAAUAAUUAUUAUGCUAAUAAUUUAUAUUUAAUCAAAAAAGAGGAAAAUAGAAAAGUUAAAGAAGAAAUUCAUUCAAAUAACAAAAAAGAACUUAUAAAUGAAAAAUCAUAUCCAAGUGAUGAAAAAUUUAAAAAUGAAAAUGCUUUUUUGAAUACCUACAAUGAAAACAUAUAUAAAGAAUCUUAUGUAAACAACAUAUGUCAAGAAAAUAAAGAUAUUAUAUACCUAAAUGAGAUAUUAAAAAAAGAAAGUAUAGAUGAAGAUGAUAUUUAUUAUAAUGAAAAAAAUUUUGCUUCUCAAUUUGAAAACUUCAUGAUAAAAGAUAAUAUGCUAUUUGUACAGAAUUUUAAAUUUAAUUUAAAUAAGUCUUCCGUUUUACUAGGUAAGUUCAUGAGUUUAUUAAAUCUACAAUUGGAAAAACAAAAACAUUUCAAAUUUUGUCUCGAUAUAUUUUUUUUAAAAAAUUUAAAGUUAAAUUCUUUAGAAGCAUCCAAACCUUGGAUUUUUUAUUGGUGCAUUCACACCAUUUAUAUAUUAUAUAAUGAUUUUGAAAUUGAGCAAAAAUUAAGCAAAGAGACAUUUAGUUACAUAAAAAAGUGUGUGUUCCUUUAUUUAAAUAAAAUGAAAAAUGAUAAAGACUGUUUUGGUGGUGGCUUAAACCAAUACACUCAUAUUGCAACUACAUAUGCUACUGUAUGUGUUUUUAUAUAUUUGCAUGAUGACGAAAAUAAUUUUUUAAGUUUUCUUGAUAAAAAAAAAAUACAUUCAUAUAUAUUGAAAUUGAAGUGUGCAGAUGGUUCUUUUAGGUUACACAAAAAUGGAGAAAUAGACAUGAGAGGAACCUAUUGUGCAAUAUCAAUUUGUUCAAUGUGUCAUAUAUUGACAAAAAAAGUAAAAAAAAACGUUGAGAGAUACAUUUUAUCUUGUCAAAAUUAUGAAGGAGGAUUUACAAGUGAAAAGUAUCAAGAAUGUCAUGGUGGCUAUACUUAUUGUGCUCUAGCUACUUUAUGUAUUUUAGGAAAAAUUAAAAAAAUAAAUUUAAGUAAUUUAAUGUUUUGGUUAGCUAAUAAACAAAGUAACUUAGAAGGCUCAUUUAUGGGGAGAACAAAUAAGUUAGUUGACUCUUGUUACUCCUUUUGGGUCGGAUCUAUUUUUUUCUUAAUUAAUGAGAUAUAUAUAUUAAAACAAAUACUAUACCUAAAUGAACUAAAAAAAAAAUGUGGUCAUAAUAAUUGUAAAAUGUUUUCCUAUAAUAGCUCUAAUGAGUUAAAUAACUUGGAAAAUAAUGAUUUGAAAAAAAAAAAUAUAAAUUUUCUGAAGGAAGAAAAUUCGAUUACAAAUUUAACAAAAAGUGAUCAUUUAAAUGGUAAUUAUAAUAAUAUAAGCAAUAUAAAUCAGUCUUUUAAUAAAAAUGAAUGUGAGUUAUGUGUAAAAGAAGGAAAUAUAAUUAUUGAUUCUACAAAUAAUAAAUUGAAUGAAAAUAUUUAUAUAUGCAGUCAAAAUAAUUUACUGAGUUCUCAAAUCCAUAAAGAUGAAUUUCCUAUUGAAUACUAUAAAAAUAUAAAUAAAGUUGAAGAAAAAAUAUUGUUUAAUAUGAAUCAUGCAAAGCUUUAUUUACUUUUAUGCUCUCAAAGUAACAAAGGAGGAAUGAAAGAUAAACCAAAAGAAAAAGUCGAUUAUUACCACACUUGUUAUGCUCUAAGUGGGUUGUCAUUAAUAGAGAAUUAUAUAUCAUCACAUAUACAUGACAUGCAAGAUAUAUAUGAUAAAGAUAAUAUAAGUAAGCUAAAUAAAAUACAUAUUUUAUAUAAUAUCACUGUUCAAAAAGUUUAUAAAAGCUACAAUUAUUUUUCCCCUAAUAUUCCUUUAAGCGAAAAUAAAAUAAACCAUAAAAUUGGUAAAGGGGCAUAUUUAUAUUUAAAAAGGCUUGUAUUGUAA